AUGGGCGUUUUGGGGCUGCGCAAGUUUAUUGACGCCUCCUCCUGCACAAGAUUUCUCCCCGAGACUGCACAAGAUGCGGAGGCGCCCUCCUCUGCCCAUAGCGGUGAAGCAACGCACACGGCGGUGGCGGCGGCGGCGGGUGACCACCCGGCACUUUCCUCAAGCCCCACGGUGACGCCACACGUGGAUCACGUCCUCGUGGAUUUGAACUGCAUCAUCCACGCCUGCUUCGGCCGUGGGGCGUCCACAGCGACGAAGCGGGAGGUGGUGCAGGCCGUGCUGGAGCAGCUGCGUGUCCUGCUGACGCUGGUGGUGGUGCCGCGAUUGUCCUUGACGAUAUGUGUCGAUGGCCCUGCACCGUAUGCGAAACUACAGACGCAGCGGCUGCGCAGGCGGCGACUGGCCCUACUCGAUACGAGUGGGGCGCAGCAGUUGACCCCGCUCGCUGUGACGCCGGGCUCUUUGUUUCUUGUGGAGUUGGAGAACGCCCUGGCAGCGCAGUUCAAGCUGCGAGGGGGACGCGGAUUUUUGCCCCACUUCGUUCCUGUAUUUCUGCACGGCUCCACAGCGGCGGGCGAGGGUGAGGCAAAGAUUGCGCGGGCGCUGGCCCACUUGGCCACCACUGCUCUUCCGCGGGGCGAGCAGUACGACCCGAACCACACGGUUGUUGUGGUUGGCAACGACAUCGAUCUCACCCUGACUUGCCUGGGGGCGACGCAGUACCACAACCUCUUCGUGGUGGGGCCGUCCUCGAUGCAGCUGAUCAGCGUCGCCGAGAUGCUGUACCGGUGGCUGCGUAGCGGGACACAAGGGACCGGGGAGUUUCGGCUAACUGUGCAGGAACUCGCCUCUGUGCGGGUGGACUUUGUGUUUCUCUUCCUCCUCAACGGUGGCGACCACUACGCCGGGGUGGGAGAUGUGGCGCACAUUUUGUGGAAGCGCUACCGCACAGUGCGUGCGGCCUCGAUGCGGCGUUGCCUGGUGGCCCCUGAUCUGACGUCCAUCGACUUGGAGUUCCUCUCGGACAUUCUGCAGGCCUCCGACUACAGCGGGGGUUCCGACACGGAGGUGGGCGUGGAGCUGCUCCACUCCACGCUGUGGUCGCUUUACACCACCGUCACCGGCGUGUGCCCGGACUACCAGUACGUGCCGACGUCCACCUCGCCCCACCUCAACCACCUGCGUGAGGCGGUGGUGCACUGCCUGAAGCACCGCCGCGGCAUUCGCAUUCAGCCCCAGCGUGGCUCCAAUGCACCGCUGACGCCCUUGGAGACGUUUGUCGCACUGAUGCCCACAGAGGCGGGUCUUCCGUCCGGCGUGGCACAGGCGCUUCGCUCCUCACGCAGGUACGACUCUGUAGCCCAGCAGCUGCUCACGAGUAAUGAUCCAGCGGUGGUGGCGGCGGCAGCCAAGCAGGCCGUCGCGGCUGCAUGCGAGUACCUGACGGUCAGUGAACAAUGCCUGCGGGAUUUUACGUUACCUGUGCAGCUGAACGUCCCGCAGCCCCCACGGCGUCUUUCGCGCCACAAGCAGCAUCGCAUGCUUGCAACACAAGGAAGGAUUGAGCGAGAGGAGCCGAUUCCUUUUGUGGAACAAGUCACACUGCCGGAGACAUUCUGCUACGUGGAUGCCACGUACCCACCGUACGUGAAGGAACUGCUCUUUUUCUCACCAUUUGACGGAGGAGCGGCGAUGCAGUCGCCCGGCAAUCACAACGUCACCGUCGCGGUGCAGCCCUUUGCACCCAACGCCGUCCGUGGGCCACGAGGGCGCCUGAGAGGCAGGCGUGGGGGCAGCGAGGCUGCAGUGCGGCGCAUUCCUGUGCACAUGCAGCCAAGCGAGGAGGUCUCUGCGAUGCGGCAGAUGCAGAUGACGCUUGAACAGACGUCGUCCUUGCGAAUGCCGGAGGGGGGUGACAAGAAGACACUGCGGCGACUUAAAAAGCGACUCAACGCUCAGCGGCAUCUCGUUGAGAAGCAGCUGCGCAGCGAGGAGAGCGGCACUGAGGCGAAGCGGCACAUGUUUCGCCAGGGUGACAAAGCCUUUCUUGCAGAGCUGCGGCAGUUCUUGGGUGAGGAUGACGGCAGCGUGAGGCAGCUUCUCCAAGACGACGGGAACGGGGCUGAAAGAAACAACGCACAGCAGGGGAAUGCAAAGAAGAGAAAAGCGAAAACUUCGGGUUCAGCAGCCAAGGCGGCACCGCGUGGACGCAAACGUGGCAGGGAGACGAUGGACACAUCGUCCGUGAAACCUGCAAGUGAAGGGGGAGGCCGGCGGGAUUCCCCCAACGGAGAAUCGAGAGAUGCAAAGAGACAGCAACGGGAAGGAAACUGUACGGUGUCUCAUAAUCACACGACUCUUGCUGCCGCUGGCAUGCGCGAGAGGACUCCCCGCGGUGCCGUCGGUAAUCGCCCAGCGAACCCGCUGCCGCAGCCACCGAGGCCUAAAAGGCAGGCGACUAGGAGGAAGAAGAAGGCAGCGGCAAAAUUUGACUAA